AUGAAUAUCCUUGUGGCACCAAGUGGUUUCAAAGAGAGCCUCGACCCUCAUGGCGCCGCAGAUUGUAUCAAAGCCGGGAUCUUGCGCGCCGUGCCAGAUGCAAAGGUCCGAAAGGUACCACUGUUCGAUGGAGGUGAAGGGUUUGCUCAUGCUCUUGUGGCAUCAACUGGUGGCGAGCACAAACGAUUGAAUGUCACCGGUCCAGUAAUGGAAAAGGUGGACGCGUACUAUGGGUUCCUCGGAGGCCGACAGCCACGAACCGCAGUAAUAGAGAUUGCUGAAGCCGCUGGACUCCGCUUGGUACCCAAAGACAGACGAAACCCAGCCAAUACGACAACAUACGGUGUGGGAGAACUGAUAAACGCUGCGUUAAACGAAGGCGCAGACCGGAUCCUCAUCGGCUGCGGGGACUCUGGAACAAGCGACGGCGGGGUGGGCAUGUGCCAAGCGCUUGGAGCACGGUUUUUUGACAAAGAAGGAUACGAACUGCCUCCAGCCACCGGUGGAGGGGCGCUUGGUAAUCUCGCCAGAAUUGACCUCUCAGGAGUCCAUCCUCGACUCAAGCAGGUGCGAGUCGAUGUUCUCUGCAAUUGGAAGAACGUACUGUGCGGGCCCAACGGCGUUGCAAGAGUCUAUGGCCCGCAAAAGGGUGCGACAGCAGACCAAGUCGACCAGCUUUCCUUGGCAUUGGAAACCUACGCAGCCAUAGUAAAGCGCGCGAUAGGAAUAGACGUGGGCACAAUACCUGGUGGGGGUGCUUCCGGUGGACUUGGGGCUGGCUUAGUGUUAAUGGGGGCGACCUUGCGACCCAGGUUCGAGGCAAUCAUUGAAUAUUUUGGAAUUGAAAAGUUGUUUGAUGAAUGCGACCUGAUAUUCACUGCCGAGGGUGGGAUCGAUUACCAAACUCCCCGGGGGAAAAUACCAGGGGAAGUGGCACUCCGCGCAAAACGCCGUGGCCUUCCUGUGGUUGCUAUUGCCGGAACGAUCGGGACAGGUGCCGCGGUCAAUUACGACGCAGGAAUAGAUGCUUUUACCAGCAUUAUCCAGGGUCCGACAAGCCUCGAGGAUGCAGUGGCGCAUGCCCCGAAGCUCCUGAGUGAGAGUGCCGAGUCCGCUAUGCGGAUGGUUAUGAUCGGACACCGGCUCGCGAAAGUGGACGACAAGCCGAAAGGACGCGAUAGAGCCCUCCAGUGGAUGUCUCAGGGGGGAGAUAGCUUCCAACUGCAGAUUCCAGGGCCUAUCUUUAAAUUCUUGCUGAUCUUCAUGUCAUUCUAUCUGCUUUUUUCACGGGCGUUAUUCGCAGCAGAGCAUUGA